AAGAAAACCCCAAAACGGCUAGGGCCUAACUGGCAUGUCAUGACAUUUAUGAAACUUUGUCCUGGAGAUCAACUUCCGGUCCAUUUCAACACACUGAAGGUCAAGAUGGCAGCCCCUGCGAGACAAGCAGUCAAACAAACCCUGGAGAAGGGCAGUUUUAUGUACAGACUGAAGAAAUGGUGUUACUACAAGUCUUACUUCCCUGAGCUGGGCCUGCGGAAAGACGACAUCUUUGUGGACGGGGGCAUGAUGAGGCCAGUGCUGAAGGAGGCGCUGCGGAGGAUCCCCAAGGAGGAGCUAGACGCGCGCAACUUCCGCAUCAUGCGGGCCAACCAGCUGUCCAUGAUGAAGCAGGUGUUGCCGCGCGACCAGUGGACGGAUUUCGACUCGGACAAAGCCUAUCUCCAGCCCUACAUUGAUGAAGUGAUGAAGGAGAUGGAAGAGAGGAAAGAAUGGGACGCCAAAUAAACUCGUAAAUUAUUCAUGAAGAUCAGCCAUACGCCUAUAAUUAUGUAAAAUGUAAUAAUGUCAGUGACCGGCAGGAUUAUGCGAUGAAUGGAUUUGACAAUUUCGGUGUUUUUGAUUUUCAAUAAAAAAAAAGAUGGAAAAUCAACGCGAUCCUGGGUGUAGAUUUGUGUGUGAAUGAGUGUGGGAAGAAAUUACUGCGACUGGAGUUAGCUGGAGAUAUGUCUGUCUGCUGUGGAUAAAAUGUUGUCCAAUAAAGUUUUUUCUUAGAUCUA